AUGGCAUUUCUAACCAGCCACACCAUAAUCUCAUUUUUGAAUUUAUGCGGAUGGGGGCUUGGAGUUUACAUUCUGUGCUUAACAGGACAAAGAAUUCACGAUUAUAGUUUAUCAGUUGCCGAUAAGGUUUAUGCCAUCGAAUGGUAUCAGGCUGAUCCAAAAUUGCGAAGAGACAUUUCUAUCGUGUUGUGUAGAGCUCAAAAACCUUUAAAGUAUGAGUGUGGGAUUCUCGGAGAUUUUCAUUUCGUCACAUUUAAUAAUAUUAUGUCCACUGGGUAUAAAUUUUCGACUCUAAAAACGGGUGUUGGUAAUUAA